CCUAAGGCGUUAAGUGACUUUAUCAAAUUGGGAGAAGGUUGUGGCUUGCGCCGUUUUGCUUAUAGUUGGUAUUAAACUGAAGUGACAUUUUUAAAUAGUUUAAAUGUUUACUGUCCGUUUUAAAAAGAUAUAUUUUGUGUUAGUUGUUGUAGCAUUUAUAUGCGUAACUCUCCAUGUAUGUUUUAUUGCAAGUAGACAAGGUGAUGAUACAAUUUACGAAAAUAAAUAUAGCGAUAAAGAAAGCUUAAAACAUGGACUUAAGGUGAGAAGUUUAAUCAGAAGCGUCUUCGUUAAGUCAUUUCAAAUUCAACAACUGCUUAAUCACGAUAUGAACAAAUUGGCUGAGAAAAACAAAGAUUUAGUUCAGCGGUUGGUCAACUGGGAUCGACUGUUAGUUCCAUUGGAAAAUUCCUUAAUAAAUGAAAUGACGCUGUUAAACAACGAAGACGAGGAAGGCGAUCGUUACAAACUUCGUGAAUUGAAUCGUAGAGCACAACAUCUGAUACAGCACACACAAAACCAGAAAAACUGUCGCAGAGCAAAGAAACUAUUCUGUAAUGUUGAAGCAAAAUGCGGCUUCGGUUGUUUAGUUCAUCAUUACGGCGUCUGCUUGUUUCUAGCUAUCGGUACAAACCGAGUAAUGCAAUGGGAUCUCAAGGCAAUCACUGACUAUCCUGGGUUAGAUGAAGUCUUCAUGCCACUAAGUGAAACAUGCAACAAUAUUACUGGAGGGAAGGAAGCACCAGAAUGGUACAGUGAAAAGAGUUCGAAUCCCACCCCGGUCGAUACAGAAGUUGUAAAAGUGACUCUAAUAGACUCACACGACCGACAGACUCCGUUUGCUCCAAUGACAAUACCGGAGGAAUUUUAUCCUCUCGUUAAACCGAUCCACGGAGAUCCUCUCGUGUGGUGGGCAGGUCAAGUUCAAAGUUAUCUUAUGAGACCCAAAGCAUGGGUGACGCGAGAGGUUCAAAUUAUAAAGCAAGAUAUUGGUUUUAAGCAUCCCGUAGUUGGUGUUCACAUUCGAAGAACGGAUAAAUCAAACGAAGCAAACUUUCAACGAAUGGAAGCUUACAUGGACCCUGUGGCGAAUUGGUACGACAAAUACGUCAUCAAUAAUGACGUCACGAACAUCACAAAACUUGUCUACGUUGCAACAGAUGACUUAAAUUAUAUGCAAAUGCUGCAGAAUGUAUACCCUGAGUUCACGUUCAUUACAAACCAACAAUCAACAAGACACGCCGAUACUUCGUUAAGAUUAAGCCGUGAUGGCUUGAAAGGAAUCGUCACUGACGUUCAUUUACUGGUAGAAUGCGAUCACUUUGUUGGAACGUUUUCAUCUAAUAUUGGACGCUUGGUAUAUGAAAUGAAGCAACAGUACGACUCGGAUCCCACUUUCACUACCACUAAUAUCGAUCAUGCUUAUCGUUACUGGGGGCAACCAAUACGCGUUCAUGAGGCAAUAAUGAACCACAAUCCAACACGUGAUGAGUGUCAGCGCGCCUUUAUGCAGAUGAGUCCCACAUAUCUUUCACAAAUGGAAGACAUGUGUGAAAUUGAGCUUAAAAUUGGGGACAAAAUCGAAGUUUGGCCGGAAAUAUUUCACGGUUACAAAUCUGGGGGCAGGAACUUUAGAACUCAGAAAUUUGGCGCUUAUCCAAUGUUUAAAGUAAAAGAAGUUAUUAAGACUGCACCUUAUCCUUCAUUUUAAACUCCCUGGCAAAUAUUUGGUAUAUAUGGCUUGUUUUUUAACUGUUAUUGAUUCUGCGCUGUUUACAUUUUAAAAAUACUGUUAUUUGGUAUAAAAAAUACAAAAUAUUGAAUAUACAUAUCAAUUAAUACAUAAGUAAGCUCGAUUGCGAAUUGGAAAGGUUAUAUCAUCAAACAAACAAGAAAACGUUCUGAUUUCAAAAUAUCGCAUUCAGCAGAUUAAUGCAACUGUAUGUUUUUUUUCCGUAAUAUGUGUGAAUUUAAUAUUGAUCACAGCCGGAUACGUAAGUCAUCGAUUUA